AAAUGGACAGACAGGACUACAAAGACGGCGAGAAAAACAAGACCAGCAAUCUUUAUUUUUUUAAUAACAAACAAGCAGGUGUUAUUCUAACACCAGGUCUGCCCAGUUCCUUUAUUUACAUUUUGUGCCUGCUCUGUACUGGAUGAGCCGAAGGAAAGUAGCCUAAGAGUGUGGAAGUUGACCAUUAACCCCACUAUUGAUUACAGCAAGUCUCUUCUCAUUUAAGCAGCCCUGGUCUGCACACUGGAUCCUGAAACAAAGUUCACACCUUUGCUACUGGACUACAUCAGCCAUGUCGACUGCAGGGUAUGGAUACUACCGGACCACAAUUUUCCUGGCCAUGUUUGUGGGCUACACGCUGUACUACUUCAACAGGAAGACCUUCUCAUUCGUCAUGCCCUCACUAAUGGAAGAGAUCAAGCUGGAUAAAGACGACCUGGGCAUGAUCUCCAGCAGUCAGUCUCUGGCCUACGCUAUCAGCAAGUUCAUUAGCGGCGUGUUGUCGGAUCAGAUAAGUGCUCGCUGGCUCUUUUCAAUUGGCCUGUUCAUGGUGGGCGGCAUCAACGUGAUCUUCUCCUGGUCCUCCACUGUGGCCGUCUUUUCUGUCCUCUGGUUCUUCAAUGGCCUGGGUCAGGGACUAGGAUGGCCUCCAUGUGGCCGUGUGCUGCGCAAGUGGUUUGAGCCUUCUCAGUUCGGAACAUGGUGGGCUGUGCUUUCCUGCAGCAUGAACCUGGCUGGGAGUCUGGGACCCAUAAUUGCCACGGUGAUGGCCCAGAGCUACAGUUGGAGGACUAUCCUGUCAAUCUCAGGCCUGUCCUGUGUGGCAUUCUCCUUUGUGUGUCUAUUGGUCAUCAGGAAUGAACCCAAGGACGUAGGCCUGGCCAACAUUGAAGUGGCGGGGGCCAAAAAGGGGAAUACAGGCACCUCCAGUGAUGAGAGUACCCUGAAAGAGUUCCUCCUGUCCCCCUACCUGUGGCUGCUGUCCCUGGGAUACCUUGUGGUGUUCGGGGUGAAGACAGCCUGCACUGACUGGGGACAGUUGUUCCUCAUCCAGGACAAGGGACAAUCUACACUCAUGGGCAGUUCUUACAUGAGCGCUCUAGAGGUGGGAGGCCUGCUGGGAAGUCUAGCAGCAGGGUACUUCACUGACAAGGCCGUGGCACAACAAGGCAAGCGAAACAAUGGCAACCCUCGCCACUUUUUGUUGAUCGCAAUGAUGGCAGGGAUGUGUGCUUCCAUGUACCUUUUCCGCGUCACCGUCACAUCAGAGAGUCCAAAGGUGUGGAUCCUAGCCUUGGGGGCUAUUUUUGGCUUCUCAUCUUAUGGGCCAAUUGCACUUUUUGGGGUCAUAGCCAAUGAGAGUGCUCCUUCCAACUACUGUGGGACAUCACAUGCUAUAGUUGCCCUGAUGGCAAACAUUGGUGGAUUCCUUUCUGGGUUCCCGUUCAGCACCAUUGCCAAGCACCAUGGCUGGGAAAUGGCCUUCUGGGUGGCAGAGAUCAGCUGUGUCAUCACCACAGUGGGGUUCUUCCUGAUGCGUAACAUCAGAACCAAGAUGGGUCACAUCCCCAAGAAGGAUGACUGAUCACCAAGCUUCCUCCGACCUGUUUGAAAAACUAGAGAUAAGGAUGUACUGUACACAAAUCAUUGGCCACUGUUUGUCUAUGUUGUCUUUAGCAGUUUUUAUUUCUAAGAAUUAUAAACUCCCUUCUCACAAUUAUUUUUUAUUUGUAAGUGACAGCAUCCAAGUGGGUGGAAGAUGGGGCACUGUGUUUCCUACUUCAUUAUUAAUCAUGUUCUACAGUAUGAGGGAAAUAGUUGGCAGUAUGUUAUAUACGUUAGAUGAGGUAGAUUAGGCUAUUUAUUACUGUAACUGUAUACUAACUUAGUGGAGGAUGCCCAUUAUAAAGUAUUAUUGUUGAUGCAAUGAAGUACAUAUAUUUUUUUCUCAAAAUGGCUCUGCAGACAUAUCCCUCCUGUUUUAGAAUUUAAAACAUAAAUAAAUAUAUAUUCUUGUU